GAGCAGGGUCUGGGCACCUCGAAGGCACACAUGCCAGUGGCUGAGGAGAACACAACAUUCAAAUCCUCUCCAUCUGGGGACUUGGUCCGGAAGGCCAAUCUCACUGCAACCCGAGCGGCUUUGAGACAUCUCCCUCGUGGCGGGUGCCCGAGCUGUAGCCACGCGGCCUCUGGAAAGAGAUGUGCUAAGUCCCAGGACUUCAGAAGAGCUCUGUGACCUUGGCCAAGUCCCUUCCUCCUUCAGGAACGCUGCAGUGGGCCUAAGUGCCUCCUCCCGGGACUGGUACGGGACGGGCGUGCGAUCUGGACAACAUUCGCCUUUUAAUGUUUAUUGAUCUUUUGAGACACGCGCGUGGGUUUCCAUCGGCAAUGAAGUCAACGGUCGCGGCGCUGGAGACUGCGGAACUCGCGCUCUGGAUCUCGCGAGAUCUCCGCCCAGGGCUUCGCAGCGUCACGCCCUCCGCGGCCGUGGCGGCGACGGCGGUGCGUAGCUUACUCACGGGGCGGCCCGUAUCCCUCCGCCGCCGGCGCGGCGCGGCCCUCCCUCCCCUGGCCCGCCAAUCCCCGCGCCUCCCGACCUGCCCCUCGGUCGGGCCCACCCCGUACUCCGACGGCCCCACCCCGGCGGCGCAGCCCGCCCGCCCGCGCGUCCCUCGGUCCACCUGCAGCAGGGAGGAAGACAGGCAGUCCCUCCGGCUGUCCGACCAAGAGACGCCGGCCGAGCCCGAGGCUUGGGCUUUUGCUUUCUGGCGGAGGGAUCUGCGGCGGCUGAGGAGGCGGCGCUGAUCCUGGGAGGAAGAGGCAGCUACGGCGGCGGCGGCGGUGGCGGUGGCGGCUAGGGCGGCGGCGAAUAAAGGGGCCGCCGCCGGGUGAUGCGGUGACCGCUGCGGCAGGCCCAGGAGCUGAGUGGGCCCCGGCCCUCAGCCCGUCCCGCCGGACCCGCUCUCCUCAACUCUCCAUCUUCUCCGGCCGACCGGGAUCGCCGAGGCGGCCUCAGGCUCCCUAGCCCCUUCCCCGUCCCUUCCCCGCCCCCGUCCCCGCCCCAGGGGCCGCCGCCACCCGCCUCCCACCAUGGCUCUGAAGAGAAUCCACAAGGAAUUGAAUGAUCUGGCACGGGACCCUCCAGCACAGUGUUCAGCAGGUCCUGUUGGAGAUGAUAUGUUCCAUUGGCAAGCUACAAUAAUGGGGCCAAAUGACAGUCCCUAUCAGGGUGGAGUAUUUUUCUUGACAAUUCAUUUCCCAACAGAUUACCCCUUCAAACCACCUAAGGUUGCAUUUACAACAAGAAUUUAUCAUCCAAAUAUAAACAGUAAUGGCAGCAUUUGUCUUGAUAUUCUACGGUCACAGUGGUCUCCAGCACUAACUAUUUCAAAAGUACUCUUGUCCAUCUGUUCUCUGUUGUGUGAUCCCAAUCCAGAUGAUCCUUUAGUGCCUGAGAUUGCUCGGAUCUACAAAACAGAUAGAGAAAAGUACAACAGAAUAGCUCGGGAAUGGACUCAGAAGUAUGCGAUGUAAUUAAAGAAAUUAUUGGAUAACCUCUACAAAUAAAGAUAGGGGAACUCUGAAAGAGAAAGUCCUUUUGAUUUCCAUUUGACUGCUUUCUAUGAGCCCACGCCUCAUCUUCCCCUGUGCACAUGUUUACCUGAUACAGCAGUGCUGCGUGUUGUACAUACUUCGAACAACAAACUAGAAAUACUGUACUUCUGUACCAACAUUGCCUCCUAGCAGAGAAGUGUGUGUGUGACAAGCCAGUUCUACAGGCAUUACCUAGGUGUGAGACUAAAAGCUUUUCUUAUUGACUUAAAUUUGGAUAACAGCAAGGUGUGAGGGGGGGUGGUGGGUAUGGUGUGUGCUUGGAUGGGAAAGAAAAGGCUCCACUCACCUAUAGGAGAUUAUUUUUAAGUGGAAUCCAUUUAAACUCAAAACAGUUAUGAAAAGCAAGGUGAAGAACAUGAAGCUGUGUCUGUAUUCAUUUUAUUCCGAAGGAGCUACGUCUUAGGUGAAAGUUAUGACCAACCAGAUUAAACUCUAUCCACAUCCUGCAUUUUAAGGUCUAAGUUUAACUGGUCAACAUUUAAAUGGAUUGGAGCUAUUAGUACAUCAAGUGUGAUGGGCUUUGUUCCCAACUCUUUUACAUCUCCCUACCCCUUCAACCUUUGGCCUUUCAGCCCUUCUUUCUCUCCUCCAUAUUCUUUGGUUUGUAUGUGGUUUCUCAGUUAAUACAUAGCUAAUAGCUCUUAUUUUUCUUAUGUUUUUAACCGCUUAGGUCUAUUUGGAUGUAAGGGUGAAAAUUCAUUUGAUGGAAAUACUUGUGUAUAUUUAAAGACCCAAUUGCUCCUCUGGAGCUUGUACGUUCAAGAAUGAUUAAUCUGUGUAAUAAACUGGUUACUACAGUCAUUACAUAUAA